UUAUCAGUUCAAGAGGGAGAUACUGCGAUACUGUCUUGUUUCAUUCGAAAAGAACAUGUUAGCAUGGCAAUGUGGUACAAGCAAGUUAUUGGAGAAGAACCACGUGCAAUUGCUUCCUCGAUUCACCGUUUCUCAAAAAAUACAUUUUACAAUGAAUUUGACAACAAUCAUUUUGAUGCAUCACGAGGGAUUGACAGUUUUAAUCUGACGAUUAUAAAGACUGUACAAUCAGAUUUAGCCACAUACUAUUGUGCUAUCUCUUUCUCUAACAUCAUCACAUUUGGAGAUGGAACUCAUUUGGUUAUCAAAGGGGCUGAAAUGACCAAACAAACUACUCUACAACCGCUCAUGAUUGAACCUAUUGAGUCAGAGGCUAAUGCUCCUCUACAAUGUUCAAUCCAAAAAAAGAUACUGGCUGGUGGAGAUGAGCAUCGUCUCUACUGGUUCAAACAUGACUCUGGAGAAUCUUAUCCAGGAACCAUUUAUAUGCAAGGAAACACAAGUGAUCCAUGUGUGAGGAACUCUGAAGCUGACUGUCUUCCACAAAACUGUUUGUACAACCUCCCGAAGGAGAAGUUCAGUCCGUCUGAUGUUGGAAUUUACUAUUGUGCUCUGGCCACAUGUGGGGAAGUUUUAUUUGGAAACAUUUCUAAAGUGACUGAGAACAACUCUAAGAGCCAGAACAUACAACUGUUCAUUCUCAUGGCACUUGCAUUAGCACUGAUAAUAAGCCUUACCAUUAAUAUUCUAAUCUGCUGCAAGAGGAGAAAUGGUAGCACGUAUCAACAAAUCCAUAAUGUUGAUGAUGAUGAUGUGUCAACAAUUCAGUAUGAGGAAGUGGAUUUUGCAGCCUUCACCAACAAAUCUCAGCAUAUACAGGCUACUGAUGAUGAUGAUGCAUUUAUAAGAAUGAAUCUGGUGUUCAGGUGUUAAGGGGAAGAUCAGCAUUUAGUCAACAUUCAACUUCAGCUUGGAAACAGCUCUUAAAUCAGCUGAUUUAGUUUAACCAUCAGUUUUGGUAUCAAAAGGCUUGAGAGCUUUUGUCAUUUAUUUAGUUUUGAACAGUAGCAAAAAUGAAAUGUAUAUAUUUCUAUUUGAUUUAUGAAUGUAAUAAACAGUUAUAGCUACAAAUAUUUUCCAAAAUGAAAAAAAAAAAAAAAAUGAUUCUGUAAAAGCUGUAAAUUAAAGUGGUUUGUCUG